CCUGAUUGGUGGAGAGACGCAGUAGCUGUUUUUAAAAAAAAGUCAGCCGAGAAACUUUUUGAAUUUUUGUUUUGACUUUGUGACUCAAUCCUCUCCGCAUUCUGGUGACUGGCAUCAUCGCUUCUACCGAAAUGUCAUUUCCUAAGGCUCCUAUAAAGCGCUUUAACGAGCAUGUUGGUUGCGCUCCUGCUCCUGGCUCUUAUGAUGUGAAGGGUUUUGAUUGUCUUAAAGGACCAGUUUCAUUUGACAAAUCUCAGCGGUUUAGAGCAAAAAAAGACUCAAAUGGGGACCCUCAGAGCCUGGGUAACGAGGCAGAAUUUACAUCUCCAGUCCGUCUACGGAAGCACUCAUAUCAUGGUUCUACUCCAAACCUCAGAAUGAAAGCUGAAAAGGACACUGAAUUCAUGAGGGAGCUGAAAAAACAGAAAAAGCUGGAAAAAGAGAUCCGUGCACUCUUGAAAGAACGAGCUGAACAGGACAAGAAACUUCAAGCUUUAGAGGAAGAAUUGAAAAAGACAGAUGCAAAACUGGUUAUUGCUGUUCGUGACAGGACUUCGCUUUCUGCAAACAUAGCCUCCCUGGAGAGACAAAUUGCGGACUUAAGCAAAGCAAAUGACCUUUUGAAAACCAAAUUUUCUGACGACAGCUCAAAGAAAAGAAUACAUGGCCUGUGCACAGAACUUAUUGAGGCAAAAAAUAAGUUGGAUUCACAGAAUAAGGAAAUACGUAAUCUGCAGACAAACUUUGAAGAACAGAUUAAAAUGCUCCAGAGUAAUCUGGAAGCUUCAAAAGCAACUCUAGACUCUUUGAAAGAACGAAAUACAGUUCUGGAACAAAGCAAUCAUGAAACAAAUCUGGAAAGGGAAGUUCUUAAAAAAGAGCUAAACAAAGUUCAAACUUUAACUGAAGAGUUACACUGUGAAAACCAAAACCUUCAGGGCUACAUCUCAGAUGCCCAAGAACAAAUUCUGGAUCUUCGUAUGGAAAUGAGCCUCAAAGACCAAGAAUAUGAAAAUAAAUUACAACUUGUAACAUUGCAGUUGUCAGAACAAAGCUCGGUGCUGGCAAAGCAAGACGAUACAGAGAAAAUGCUUCAUGAAUCUCAGCAAGCAUUGCAGCAACUAGAGGAAGAACUUGCUUUAGCUAGUCAAGAGAAAUGCAAACUGAUGGAAGAAAAGGCUGAAACUGAAAGAAUAUCUUUGGAGGAAAAGAGGGACAUACUUAAAGAAGUUGAAAAUUACAAGUUGCAACUUGAAAAAACUACAGAAUUAUUGAAGCAAAAAGACCAAGAAGUAGCAAACUACAAAGAUUUAUUUACACGGAGGGAGAAUGAGCUUCAGAUACAACUGGCAGAGCAGAAGGAAGCCUAUAAUUUGAUUCUGCAAGAAAAAGAAAAAGUUACAGUGGAAAUUAAGACAACAGAAAAUCAGUUAACUUCGCAGCUGGAAUUGUUAGCACAAACUCUGAAGGAAAGAGAAGAAGCGGUUCAAACUCUACAAAGGAAUGAAGAAGAGCUUCAGUCUAAGUUGCUCAAAGAUGUGGAAACCUCUAAUUUGUUGCGUCUAGAGCUGGAAAAAGUACAAGAAGAAAUGAUGACUGAGAGGCGUCUCUUGGAAGAAGAGCUGGAAGGAACACUUGAUGAACUUGAUAAUCUACAGGAAAAAGAAGAACAUGCAAACAAAUUUAUUUUCCAGCUGGAGCAGGAAAAUAAGAAUAGGACAGAGGAGCUGCUUCAUCUUGAAGAAAUAAUAAAAGGGAAAAAUGCAGAAUUGGAAAGAGUUAAAGAGAGCCAUAGAAAUACUAUAUUAAAACUCAAAGAAGACCAGAGUACUACUUUACGUAAAUUGGAAGAAUAUGAAAGUUCCAUCCUUACUGCAGCAAAUGAAAUUGCAUUACUAAAGUCAACAAACUUGUCACUGCUGGAGAAAGUUGCUGAAGCAGACAAAGCCAUGGACACUUUUGCUAAAGAGAAGGCAGAACUGGAGCAGAAGCAUCAUGAACUUAUGGAUACAUCCAGUAAAGCAAAUGAACAGUUGAAGCAGCAAAUUCUUGAUCUUCAAAAUGCCUCCACCAAAGCUAAAGAAUAUUUAGUGCUGCAGCUUCAGGAACUCCAGGAAAACUCUACAAAAACUAAGGAAGAGUUUGAGCAACAGCUUUUGGACUCAUUUACCAAAGCUAAAGAGUUGGAGAAACAGGUUCUCGAACUGCAAGAUUUAAACACCAAAGCAAAGGAAGAGCUGAUGCAGAAAGCUGAACUACACGAACAAUCUUCUGCUACUAUAGAGGACCUGACACAACAAUUACUCGAACUUAAAGAAACCUCAGCCAAAGCUGAAGAGCUAGAGAAAAAAGUUCUGGAGCUGCAAGAUGUCAACACCAAAGCAAAGGAAGAGCUGAUGCAGAAAGCUGAACUACACGAACAAUCUUCUGCUACUAUAGAGGACCUGACACAACAAUUACUCGAACUUAAAGAAACCUCAGCCAAAGCUGAAGAGCUAGAGAAAAAAGUUCUGGAGCUGCAAGAUGUCAACACCAAAGCAAAGGAAGAGCUGAUGCAGAAAGCUGAACUACACAAACAAUCUUCUGCUACUAUAGAGGACCUGACACAACAAUUACUCGAACUUAAAGAAACCUCAGCCAAAGCUGAAGAGCUAGAGAAAAAAGUUCUGGAGCUGCAAGAUGUCAACACCAAAGCAAAGGAAGAGCUGAUGCAGAAAGCUGAACUACAGGAACAAUCUUCUGCUACUAUAGAGGACCUGACACAACAAUUACUCGAACUUAAAGAAACCUCAGCCAAAGCUGAAGAGCUAGAGAAAAAAGUUCUGGAGCUGCAAGAUGUCAACACCAAAGCAAAGGAAGAGCUGAUGCAGAAAUCUAAACAACAGGAAAAGUCUGCCGCUGCUAUGGUGGACUUGACACAGCAAUUACUUGAACUUAAGGAAUCCUCCACCAAAGCUAAAGAGUUGGAGCAGCAACUUCUUCAUCUUCAGGACAUUUCUGCUAAAACUAGGGAAGAUUUGGAGCAGCAGCUUAAUGAACUUAGGGAAACCUCUACAAAAGCCAAGGAGGACCUUGAGCAACAACUAUUUGAACUUAAGGAAUCCUUUACCAAAAGUAAGAAACAGUUGGAACAGCAUGUUCUUGAGAUUCAGGGCACUUCCAUGAAAGAAAAAGAACUUAAUCAGCAAAAUCUUGAACUGCAGCAGAGCUCUGCUGCUGCUAAAGAAGAAUUUGCUCAAAAACUUCUUGAGCUUCAGGAGAUCUCAGCAAAAGAAAAGGAAGACCUUAAUCUUCAAAUCAUUAAACUUCAGCAAAAUUGUGUCACAGCUAAGGAAGAGUUUGAGCAACAAGUGUUUGAGCUUAGGAAAUCCUCCACUAGUGCUAAAGAAGCAUUGGAACAACAACUCUCUGAACUUCAGGAGACCUCUACCAAAGCAAAGGAAGAUCUGAAACAGCAACUCGCUGAGCUGCAGAUGCGUUCUGUCACAGCUAAGGAAGAAUUUAAGCUUGAACUUCUGGAAACCAUGUCCAAAGCAAAAAAAGAAUCUGAGCAACUGAAACAUAAACUACAGGCUGUGGAAACACAACAUCUAGACCUAAAGGAGACAACAAUGAAAAUAGAGGAUGAAUAUAAAAGGAAAUUACUAGAAACGGAAGAGCAUUAUCGUGCAAGAGAGUCAGAGCUAAAAAUGUUAGCAGAGCCUUUGCAAAAAGAAAUAAUUACACUUCAACAAGAGAUCAUCGUUUUAAGGAAAGAAUCUGACCAUAAGAAAGUGGACAUGGAAGAGGUGACCAAAUGGCGAACGUUAUUUGAAGAUUUGCAAAACAAAGUUCGACCAUUCCAGCAACAGUUAGAUGCAUUUGAAGCAGAGAAGAAUGCUCUGCUUAAUGAAAAUGGAGCAGCCCAAGAUGAGUUAAAUAAGCUCAGUGAAGCUUAUGCCAAGUUACUGGGCCAUCAGAAUCAGAAACAGAAAAUCAAACAUGUUAUGAAACUUAAAACUGAGAACACACAGCUAAAGCAAGAAGUUUCCAGGCUACGUGCCCAGCUUGUCAAGGAAAAACAAACUGAAAAACAGCUCCAAGCUCAUUUGCAUGAAAUACAGGGUGUGAAGCGGUUUGAUCCAUCUAAAGCUUUUCAGCAUGAUAGCAAGGAAAAUAUUUAUUCCAAGGCCCCUUUAAAAGAAGGAAACCGCAAGUAAUGAUGCCUUUUUUUUGUUACCAUGAUGCUGCACUGAAGUUUUUUGUUUUUUUUUAAAUGUUUUUAGUCAUGUAUGUUUGUAUAUAUUGUAAGUAUGUGUGUUUUGAUAUAUGAUUAUGACUGCAAAUUGUUUGCUUUAAUCACUAUUCACAAUAUUUAAAAAAAAAAUCAUGAUUUUAAGUGUCAAACUAAACAUUUCCUUUAAAGGAGAAAAAAAAAACUUUAUUAAUAAAGUGAUUAUCUAUUUCA